AAUUAGGGUCUCCAGGCUGGUUGAGGGCUUAAAUUUGGGGUUUCAAACAAGGGUUAAGGUUUCAAAUUAGGGUUUGAAAACAGUUUUAGUGUGUCAAAUUGGGGUUUCAAGUUUGAAUUGCAAACGAGAGUUAGGGUUUCAAUUAUUGUCAAAACAGUGCUAGGGUUUAAGAUUAGGGUUUCAAAUAAUGGUUAGGCUUUCAAAUUACUGUUGGAAACCACUGUUAGGCUGGUUAAAGCAAAAAGGCUAACAUGCUAAGCUAAGAUGUCGGAUGUCUACUUGGCUUAUUUUUUCUAAACGUGCCGGGCAGCGAAAUCCAGACACCACGACCGCUCCGACCCGCACGCCAGCUGCAGUCGGCGCGAUAUGGAAGCGCGGCGAGCGACUCCCAGCUCGCUCCCCAUAUCUUUGAUGUCGAUCGCUCGCCGCCGUAUCGGACUCGACGUUAUACGGGCGUGACGACGCCCUGCGGGGCUCCGGGACAAUUGAGGCUGCCAAUCAAAAGGCAGCCUCUGGACUGAAGCUAAUCAGUCCAAGCGAGCCAUUUGGGGACUUUUGCAAAUGCCCCAUUCAAGCCUUUUAAACAUAGUUUCACUUUGCAACAUGACAUUUGGAUUUGUUUUUCUUGAGAAGACCCACAAAAUAGUCUCAAGAACCCAUGCCAAAAAAGACACAGGAAGUUGCCCAUUUUGCUUGGAAGUUUCCAUUUCAGCAUCCUUCAGGAUUUUCAACCGCAGAAGCCAGUUUCAUUCAUCAACGUGGAAUUUGGUACACGGGUCUAUCGUGAGUAGAUGCACAAAAAGGUCUGAAGGAGCCACGCCGGAAAAUGCACAGGGACAUGAAAACACACGCAAGAUUGGAUACGCUGCUGCCGGGAUGGCGACAGAUUGGACCGCUGGCGUGAGGGGUUGGACGUUUACAACCUCCUGUUGUUUGUUUCUUCGAAAGUUUCAGUGUUUUUGUUGAAACCAACCCAUGUUCUACUGUUGAUUACUGAAAGAAGAGAGUCUCCUCUUCCUUCUGGAGGGUUUAAAGCAAGCAUGGGAGUUGCAGAGGACGCUAAAGUGAGGAGUGUGUUGGCAGCACUGACGCUUUUGGCCCUUCUGAGCCACACCAACGGCAUUGCCGAGGGCCCGGAAGCCGCCCGCCUGGCCCCGGGCCCGAGGGCCGCCGGGCAGCACCGGCGCCUGAAGAGAGGCUGGAUCUGGAAGCAGCUGUUUGUCCCAGAGGAAGACCCGACUCUUCGCGUCAUCGGCCAGCUCAAAUCCGACUCUGACCGCGGGGAGUUUGGCAUCCAGUACAUCCUGUCGGGGGAAGGCGCCGGCGACGCGUUCGAGAUCGACGAGUACUCUGGCGAGAUCCGGACGCUGAAGAAGCUAGACCGCGAGGAGAAGGCCUUCUACGUGCUCCAAGCGCAAGCCAUCAACAGGCGCUCGCAGGAGCCGGAGGAGCCCCAGUCGGAGUUCAUCAUCAAGGUGCAGGACGUCAACGACAACGCGCCGCAGUUCCCUGACGAGCCGUACGUGGCCAGCGUCCCCGAGAUGUGCCCGACUGGCACCACCGUGGUCCAGGUGACGGCCACAGAUGCCGAUGAUCCCAUGUUUGGCAACAACGCCAAGCUCAUCUACUCCAUCCUGCAGGGCGAGCCCUACUUCUCUGUGGAACCAAAGACAGGGAUCAUCGUGACCUCCUGGCCCGACAUGGAUCGCGAGGCCAAAGAGGAGUACCUGGUGGUAGUGCAGGUGAAGGACAUGCUGGGCCUGAGCGGCGGCUACUCAGCCUCCACCACCGUCACCGUCAGCCUGAGUGACAUCAACGACAAUGGACCCAUCUUCCAGCACCAUUUAUACACCUUCGCCAUUCCCGAAGACGCGGUGGCAGGCACCACCGUGGGCACGGUCAAGGCAGAGGACGCCGACACGGGCAUCAACGCCAGGAUGACCUACAGCCUGCAGAUCGACCUGCAAGAGAACGCCACGUUCACCAUCCGGACCGACCCGCUGACCCAAGAGGGAGUCGUCCUGCUGGCCAAGCCGUUGGACUACGAGACCAAGCGACGCUAUGUGGUUGUGGCGGAGGCCAUCAACGAGGAAACGGACCCCCGCUUCCUGCCCCUGGACGAGUUCUCGGACCGGACCACGUUGAAGAUCAUGGUGCACGACUUGGACGAGCCCCCCGUCUUCCUCUCACCGUUCUACGAGUGGAAGGUGGCGGAGAAUGCGGCGGCAGGGAUUGCGGUCGGAGUGGUCAGCGCCCGGGACACCGACGCCGCCAACGACGCCGUCAGAUAUUCUUUUGACAAACGCAGCGACGCUGCGAAGGCUUUCGCGAUCGACCCACUCAAUGGAACCAUUAGCAUCGCCAAGGCCCUGGACCGAGAGACGUCCGCCUGGCACAACGUGACCGUCUUCGCCAGAGAAACCACGCAGAAGCGUUUAUCUUCCUCGGUGGUGGCGUCCAUCAAGGUGCUGGACAUAAACGACAACGCGCCGCAGCUGGCCGGCCGUUACCAGCCGUAUGUCUGCGAGGGGGCGCAGGCGGGAGAGCUCAUUCAGCUGCUCAGUGCCACCGAUCUGGACGAGCCUUCGCAGGGUCAUCACUUCUAUUUCUCCAUGGUCCCCGACAAGCACAUCAAUCCCAACUUCACCAUUCGGGAUAACCAAGACAACACGGCGGGCAUCGUGGCACGCAGGAGCACUUUCACCCGUAAGGACCGGAGGCGCUACCUCCUCCCUGUGGUGGUGACGGACAGCGGCUCGCCCGCGUUGUCCAGUACGGCCACUCUGACCAUCAGCGUGUGCAGCUGCCAGCCCGCCGGGCACUGUCCCUCCGGCGGGGUGGAGGCCCUGGCCCUGUCCAUGGGGGUCAGCCUACAGACCUUCGUCACGCUUCUGGUGUGCCUGGUCUUGGCCGCAGCCUUGUCGGUACUCGCGCUGCUGCUGUGGCGACACAAGCGCAAGCAAAAGGGGGUGCACGAGAAGGCGAGCGAGCCGGAGCUGCCCGACACCGUGUCGCAGAAAGUGCUGUAUUACGGCGAGGCGGGCCCGACCCGAGACCCGGUCGCGCCGGUCCCGCUGCGCCCUCACUCCAGGAGGCGCGAGAGGAGGCUGGCGCGGGAGGAGGUGCGGGCCAGCAUCCGCAUGUCCCUGCGAGAGUCUCGCCCGGUGGGGCCCGAGGACGACGUCUUCAGGCAGUUCAUCCUGGACCGGCUGGUGGAGGCGGACGGGGACCCCUACGCGCCGCCCUUCGACCGCCUGACGACGUACGCGUACGAGGGCUCGGGAUCCUCGGCCGGCUCGCUCAGCUCGCUGGAGUCGUGCGGCUGCGAGAAGCCGGCCGCCGUUCCCAAAUCUCACUGGGCCAGGCUGUCGCCGUGGCACGGCACCGGGGACGGCGACACUGUCUUCUGAUGGGUGAAAUACCAGGUGUGACGACAAAGAAAUGAGACUGAGGCAGCCAGGCUUCUUCACUGCCAACAUUUCAGCACUAGUUUGCUCUAAAAUGGUUGACUUCGCUCUUUCAGUCUUUUGUGUAGCACACUGCUGUCAAACUUUGCCACAUACUCAGUCUGUGCUUCUUUUUCUGGCUUUUGUUUUUGUUCACAUCUUGCUCUGUGCUUCUUUUUCAGACUUUUGUAUUGCUCAUGCCUUUCCACUGUGCUUCAUUUUCCAGUUUUGGAAUUUGUUAUGACUUUUCUGUGUGUUUCUUUUUCAGGCUUUUGCUUGGCACACUGCCGUCACACUUUGUCACAGUCUCACUCUGUGCGUCUUUUUCGGGCUGUUGUUUUUGUUCACAUCUUGCUUUGUGCUUCUUUUUCAGACUUUGGUAUUCGUCAUGCUUUUCCUCUGCUUCUUUUAAGAGUUUCGUGGCGCACCCCACCACCACGCACUCACUCUUUGAUUCUUUUUCAGGCUUUUGUGCAGCACAUUGCACGGGUUUUACUCUGUGCUGCUUUUUCGGGCCUUUGUGUUUGUCACAUUCUUUGUCAUGCUCUUGCUCUGUGCUUCUCACGCUAUACUUCAUUUUCAGACUUUUGUCUUGCACACUUUGCCACGGUCUUGCUCAGUGCUUCUUUUUUAGGCAUUUGCGUUGUACUCGACUGUCCCACUUUUUCCUGGGGUCACUCUGUGCUUCUUUUUCAGGCUUUUCUCCAAAACAUUGCUGUGAGUUUUUUGAACGCUCUUGUUCUGUUCGCCUUUGUCUGACAUUUUUGUAGCACGCUGCCAUCAAGCUUUAUUAUGUUGACGCUCUGUGCUUCUUUUUCAGGCUUUAACUAUUAUGCCGUUUUCAUGCUUUUGUAAGCGACUCUUUGCUUUUUCUGCUGUGACGCUUGGAGAAGUUUAAUACACUCAUCUUUGUGUGCUACGCAAAAGCCUGAAAAGGGAGCACAAAGUGAGACGAGUGAACAACCCUGCUACCUCGAGCAUCUUAGAGCUAAGCUAGCUUUCCAAAUCUUUUACACCAUCCCUCCUUUGUUUCACACUUUAAGUCGAACUUAAACAAAGCUUUACCCAAAAAAGUAUUUCAAUUAAUUUAUGUAAAAAUUUAACCCAAAGAACAUUUUUUCAUAUACUAUUGAGCACACAAAACGUGCCAUCAUUGUGCUUUCGGUUUAUGCGUUAAUAAGUUGCAUAUUACCUUUUUGCGACUGUAUUAUUCUUCCCGUGUAACGGACCUCCAUAAAAUAUUACUGACCUGUAAAUUUUCAUUACAUGAUGCAAUUUACAAUAGAAUAUUAUAUACGGCAGGUGUGAAUGCUCGUUGUAAUUCACAUUUGAGUGAGUUUGUGCAGCAAUGUAUUUUUCAAAAUAAAUAUCAUAUCUCCUGAAUGGCUUAA